AUGGAGCGUGAGGGGAGCGGCGGCAGCGGGGGCUCGGCCGGACUCCUGCACCAGAUCCUCAGCCUGAAGCUCGUGCUGCGGGUGGGCAACGGGACCCUGUGCCCCAACUCCACUUCUCUCUGCUCCUUCCCAGAGAUGUGGUAUGGUGUGUUCCUGUGGGCACUGGUGUCCUCCCACUUCUUUCAUGUCCCCGCUGGAUUACUGGCCCUGUUCACCCUCAGACAUCACAAAUAUGGUGCAGCAAUUGCUGGAGUUUACCGAGCAGCAGGGAAGGAGAUGAUACCGUUUGAAGCCUUGACCUUGGUCACUGGACAGACAUUCUGUGUGGUGGUGGUCUCCUUUUUACGGAUUUUAGCUACUCUAUAGCAUACACCCUUAUGCUGUGAUGUCCAACCUAAGUUUUCUAGAAUCCUCAGAGAAUACAUGAUGGAGUGUAGUGUGUUUUAUUUCUUCAAGUGGAAGCAACUUGGUUCAACAGGAAUGUGAAGAACA